AUGAAGAUUACAACGAUACAAGCCGCCCUCGGGUCGGCACUCCUCCUCUGGAAUGCUCAGCCUUGCGCCGCUACUGCCCAGCACCGACAUCACCAUCUUCACCUGGAGAAGAAGCAUGCCCACAGUCAUGUCCACAGUCAGAUUCAGGAUAGCUACAAUCCUAACUAUAUGGCGCGAAACACCUCGGCGCUAGUGUCGCGAGACGGCAAGAAGAAAUGCGCCUUCCCACUGGAUAAAGGCCUACAGGCCGUGACUCCGACUGGCAUGAAUGGUGGAUGGGCUAUGGCCCCUGAUCAAGAGUGUGUAUCCGGGACCUGGUGUCCUAUUGCCUGCCCCUCAGGCAAAGUCAGUACACAAUGGAAGCCGGAUACUCAUUACCGAUUUCCCGAAUCGACCUACGGUGGCGUUUAUUGCAACGACAAUGGUGAGAUCGAUGUGCCUUUCAAAAACAAGCCUUGGUGUGUGGAUGGCACAGGCUCUGUGAAGGCAGUAAAUAAAGCCGGCAAUAUUGUUUCAUUCUGCCAGACUUGCUUGCCGGGCUACGAAGAUAUGAUUAUUCCUACCGAUGUCAUUGAUAGUGUAACUCUAGCUGUUCCGGAUACGUCUUAUUGGGACUCAACCGCAGCUCACUAUUACAUCAAUGCGCCAGGUGUUAAUGGCGACCGAGGAUGCCAUUGGGGAAAUGAGAACGAACCGAUAGGUAACUGGUCCCCUUACGUCGCUGGAGCAAAUACGGAUGCGGAGGGCCGAACGUUCGUCAAGCUUGGAUUAAAUCCGGUAUGGCAAUCUUCGCCAUUAUUCAACAACAAACCAAGCUUCGGGUUAAGAAUCGAAUGCCCAGGGGGGGACUGCCAAGGCAUACCUUGCAAAAUGGAUGGUAAUGGUGUCACGAGCAAUACCAAAGCGAACGGUGCUGGUGGAUCGGACUUCUGUGUUGUCACGGUUCCCAAAGGUUCCAAAGCCAACAUUGUCGUGGAGGCCGUGGGUGGCCCCGUAGGGGGUGUGCCAGCGGGUGCGCCAGGGUAUUCUCGGUCCGAGCCCGAGCCUACUUCUUCCGCCGAGGCCUCUCCUACACCUGAUGCCACUACAACAAGUUCCGCGCCGUCGUCGACGUCAACGUCCUCCAGCGUUGUAUCUACAUCUACAUCGGCAUCGGCAUCAUCUAUUUCGUCUACUUCUUCCGAGGAGUCUACUACCAGCUCAUCGACGAGCAGCACUGCUGCCACUAGUAAUUCGCCAUCUUCAAGCAGUAGUCAAGGCUUGGUAGUAAGCUUGGGCGGAAUUUUCCAGGAAAAUGUAACAUCUAGUACCAGCUUUUCUCAGGGCGGGCCGUCGGCGACACCUGGCUCCGUCUCCGUUUCCAACACUGGAGCCGAAUCCGGAGCCGAGUCCGCUUCCAGUGACACAGCCGCGAAUGAAGGAGCGGCUCAACCACAAGGCGGCGCUGCUAUCGCAGGCCUCAUAGUCGCUUUCGUGGCCGCUGGCUAUUUGCUAUAG